AUGAAUGCCCUCGAUGGCAUCCCCUUCAAGGUGCCCAAUGGCUUUGUGAUAGGCACAGAGCCCCUUCCUGGGCCAGAGCUCAGUGUCCCAGCCUGCAGGGAGCUUCUGCUGGGUUCUAUGCACGACUUCAGCUUGGAGAGGAGAGCGCUCUUCUGGGCGGAGGCCGUGGUCCGGGGACCCUGCCCGUUCCAGUGCGACGCCGCGGGAAUGGCAUCAGCCCCUCCCGCCUGGCUCUUGCUGAUCGGCCCUGACCACGAGCUAGUGCCUGCACCUGCUGCAGACAUGGGCCCUGAGGCCGGACCCCAGCAGCGGCUUAACCAGGAGGAGGAGGAAGAGAACCAGGGCGAGGACCACGACGACGAAGAAGCCGCCUCUGCCAACGAGGAAGAGCCAGGUCACUGCAGCCCCCCGUCCAGCUCCCCUGCGAGCCCCGGCCCCGGCCAUCCCCGCUGCUCGCUGGACUUGCUGCGCGGCGUGAGGUCGGAGCUGGCCGGGGCACGGCGGCGGCUCUCCGAGGGCCCGCUGGCCGCCGGCCCCCGCGCCCUCCUGCACCGCAUCCGCAGCCGGGCGCUGAGCCUCUGCUCCGGCCCCGUGCCGCCCGCGGGCCCCGCGCCCCCGCUCCCCAGCGCCCCCGCGUCGCCCCCGCGGCCCUGCACGGCCGGCGCCAUGCCCGCGCUGCGGAGCCACAAGCCCACGGUCUCGUCCCUCAGCCCGUACACCUGCCUGCCACCUCCUGGGGGGAUGCCCCAGCAUCUCAGCGCCUGCGGAUCAUACCCUGCUUCUGCUGACCUGCUGUCUGCCCUGAGCCAGGAGGAGCAAGACCUCAUCGGGCCAGUGGUUGCCCUGGGAUAUCCCCUGUAUAGGGCUAUCGGGGCUCUGCAGAAGACGGGGCGGCAGAGCCUGAGCCAGUUUCUCGGCUACCUUAGUGCCUGUGACCGGCUGCUGCGGCAAGGCUACGAGGAGGGGCUGGUGGAGGAGGCCAUGGAGAUGUUCCAGUUCUCCGAGAGCCAGGCAGGUGAGUUCCUGCGCCUCUGGGCACAGUUCAGCGACAUGGGCUUCGAGCAGGACCGGAUCAAGGAAGUGCUGCUGGUCCACGGCAACCACAGUGAGCAAGCGCUGGAGGAGCUGGUAGCCUGUGCCCAGUGAGCACUGGUGCAUUCCACAAUGCCUGUGCAUCCCAGUCCUGUGCCAGACCUGGCAAGCCACUGUAACUGGAUUAUUAAGACUACGUAAGAGGGCCACCCUGCUGGCUCAAUCGGAGGAGCAUGUGGCUCUUGAUCUCAGCGUUGUGAAUUUGAAUUCCACGUUGGGUGUUGAGAUUACUUAAAAAUAAAUAAAUAAACUUAAAAAAAAAUUUACACAAGAGUGACGCACGCUCAUUGUAAAAAUGCAAACAGUGCCAAAGGUGGAGGUAAAUACUGUAGGGGAGGCCAAACUUUACCCAUUUUAGGUUUUCAGCUGGGGCUCUUCAUGGAAAAGACCAAUUAAGAAGAGAAAAACAGGGGUGCCUGGGUGGCUCAGUUGUUAAGCGUCUGCCUUCGGCUCAGGUCAUGAUCUCGGGGCCCUGGGAUUGAGCCCCAUGUCGGGCUCCUGCUCCGCGGGAAGCCUGCUUCUCCCUCUCCCAAUCCCCCUGCUUGUGUUCCCUCUCUCUCUGUGUCUCUCUGGCAAAUAAAUAAAAAUCUUAAAAAAAAAAAAAAAA